AUGGCGUCGCCGGCCGCGGCCGCCUCCAGCCACGGCCACCACCUCCUCCUCCUCCUCAUCGCGCUUCUCUUACUCCCGCUUGCCGCGGCCGCCGCGCCGCACCGGCACCGCAUCCCGUCCCGCUACCUCGCCUCGCUCAACGCGUCGGCGCCACCAACCACCUUCUUCGAGGUGGACCGCCCGAUCCGCCCGCCGCUGGGCAGUAUAGGGCCCUGCUCCGCGCUGCUCCUGUCCCACUCCUUCGCCGAGACCUACGGCAGGCCCCCGGUCACCGCCGCCUACACGCCGCCCGAGUGCCUCGCCGCCGCGCGCGCCCGGGGCGCGUCGCUCGCGCUCGCGGUGCUCGAGUGGAGCGCCGACUGCCGCGGCCGCCAGUUCGACCGCAUCUUCGGCGUCUGGCUCUCGGGCGCCGAGAUCCUCCGCAGCUGCACCGCCGAGCCGCGCGCCACCGGCAUUGUCUGGUCCGUCUCCCGCGACGUCACCAGGUACGCAUCACUCCUCGCGGAGCCCGGCGAGGUCGCGGUGUACCUUGGCAAUCUCGUCGACAAGACCUACACGGGCGUCUACCACGUCAACCUCACGCUCCACCUCUACUUCCACCCUGCGCCGCCGCCUCUCACGCAGCACGCCGAUCUGAUUGUACCCAUCUCGAGAAGCUUGCCUCUGAACGACGGGCAGUGGUUCGCCGUCCAGAAUGCCACCGACGUGCAGUCCAAGAGCCUCUCCAUUCCGUCGAACACCUACAGGGCGGUCCUUGAGGUGUUCGUUUCGUUCCACUCCAGUGAUGAGUUCUGGUACACCAACCCUCCCAACGAGUACAUUGAGGCCAACAAUUUGUCCAGCGUCCCUGGCAAUGGCGCGUUUCGGGAGGUUAUUGUUAAAGUUGAUGACAAUGUCGUCGGUGCUGUUUGGCCGUUCACUGUCAUCUACACCGGCGGUGUCAACCCGCUUCUCUGGCGGCCAAUCACCGGCAUUGGCUCAUUCAAUCUACCUACCUAUGACAUUGAUAUCACGCCGUUCUUGGGCAAGCUCAUGGACGGCAAGGAGCACAAUUUUGGGUUUGCUGUGACCAAUGCAUUGGAUAUGUGGUACAUUGAUGCUAAUUUACAUCUGUGGUUGGAUCACAAGAGCAAGAAGACAGUUGGGAGCUUGAUCAGCUAUGAUGCAGCGUCGUCGGCAAAUGUGGACUCGGAGUUCAGCGGGCUGGACGGGCGGUUCGUGACGAGCGCAAGCCGGCAUGUCUCCGCCACCGGGUGGGUGGAAUCGUCGCACGGAAAGGUCAUGACAACUUUCUACCAGAGAUUCAGCUAUAGAAACAGCAAUGUGUAUAGCAAGAACGGCAGUGAGCAAGUGGUGAACCAAACGAUCGACGCCAAGUCAGGUGUUUCCACCACAAACGGCGCCGUGCUGCUCUCGGAAGAAGUUCACCAGGUCUUCCCACUCUAUCUUUUCUCUGGGACCUCAGACGAAGUGGGUGAUGAGUACUCGCUGGUUUCGGCUGUCGAGCUGGGCAUCAAUGAGAAGAGGGUCUCUGGUGCGGAGCAAGGCUUCUCCUACAGCUCUCUGCGGAAUGCGCAGUCGGCACGCGGUAGUAUGAGGGUGAAGGGGAAUUUGGUGACUUCCGGGUCCGGUGAGAACCAUCAGGUGUAUAAAUAUGUGGGUACCGAUGGAUGCUACUCCAGAGAUGUCAGCAGCAAGAACUACACUGUCGUUUUCGACCGCUCUGAUGACUCGUGCUUAAAGGGAUCACAAGUUAAAGGCUCCAGAUUCCCCUCCAGUUAG